AUGGACGAAAAAGUGGCGAGAACGGACCAAAGGGAUAUAGCCUAUGACAGCGACCCUAAGAGACACGCUGUCGAAGAAAUCGAGGGUGUCAACGGUCUGAAGACGGUCGAGGCGGGCUUCUCACCUGAUCAAGUGCUUGUUGAGGUUGACCACAAAGAACGGACGCGGAUUCUCAGAAAGGUCGACUACCGGUUGAUCCCCAUCCUUGCCAUCCUCUACCUAUUGGCAUUCAUCGAUCGUGGGAAUAUCGGAAAUGCUAAAAUUGCCGGUCUCUACGACGACCUCCAUCUCCAUGGGAUGCAAUACAACACCGCCUUGACUUUGUUCUUCGUGCCUUAUGGCUUCUUUGAGGUGCCCUCCAACAUUGUGCUUAAGAUACUACGGCCGUCGAUAUGGAUUUCCGUCUUGAUGUUCUGUUGGGGCACCGUCAUGACUCUUAUGGGCGUGGUUUCUUCCUACGAGGGGCUUUUAGUGACACGAUUCUUCCUCGGCGUGGCCGAGUCGGGCUUUUUCCCAGCAGCGACAUACCUGCUCACGAUCUGGUACCUGCGAUAUGAGGUACAACGCCGGAUGGCUCUCUUCUACGCUGCUGCCUCGCUGUCCGGGGCGUUCUCUGGGUUGUUGGCCUACGGAAUCCAGCACAUGGACGGCGUCGCAGGGCUUGCGGGCUGGAAAUGGAUCUUCAUUCUGGAAGGUUUGAUUCCUGUGGCCGGGUCCUUGUUCGUCUGGUUCGUGCUUCCAGACAACCCGGAGACCGCCAAAUUCCUCACCAAGGACGAGAAAGAGUUCAUCAUCAACCGACUGGCUCUCGAGACGGGCUCUGGCCAUGGUCGGGUGACGAAUGCCGACCGCAUUCGAAUGCACCACAUCAUUGCAGCUUUCAAAGAAUGGAAGAUCUGGGCUGGUGUCGUCAUAUUCUGGGCCAACACGAUCGGUGUCUAUGGCUUCACCGCCACAGUCCCAUCCGUGAUUGAACAGCUCGGAUACACCUCAGCCAACGCACAAUUGAUGACGAUCCCGAUCUACGUUUUCGCCAUGAUCAUGACGCUUAUAUUCGCUUUCUGGUCGGACAAAGUCCAGCAACGAACACCGUUCAUCAUGGCCGGAUUCAGCAUUGCGGCAAUUGGCUUCAUCGGCGAGCUUGCAAUCCCUCACCCCCGACUCCCGGGUGUGACGUAUUUCUUCCUCUUCCCGCUGGCGGCUGGCCUGUAUUGCCCGUUCAUUUGUCUGGUGUGCUUGAUCGGGAACAACCUUGCGCCCAGCUCUAAACGCGCAGUCGGCAUGGCCCUGCUUAUCUCUAUGGGUAACUUUGGAGGCAUUGCCGGAAGUAACAUCUAUAUCGCAUCCCAGGCCCCGAAAUAUCCGACUGGGUUCGGGACUGGGUUGGGAAUCUGCGUAGCCGCGGUCAUCAUGGCGUACGUGCUGCGUGUUGCGUAUAGACGUGAAAACGCAAGGCGGGAUGCCUUUAUGGCGGGCAAGACCGACGAGGAGAUCAAGGCGCAGUACACGGAGCAGGAACUGCUGGAUCUGGGAGACCGCAGCCCGUUCUACCGCUACACAGUGUGA